CUAACGAGGGUAGGUCCAAAGAGUAUAAUAAUAUAUAGGGAAGGUCGUAGGCACAGUAGACAUAUAGCCUAUAGAUUUAAUUCAAUGAGGAUGUAAAAUAAUCUAAUAAGAUUUAUCAAAAGUUUUGUAAAAAGGACCUUGCCUGAUUGAAAUUAUAAUACCUAGUACCAAGGUUGAUCUUAAACUUUUGUCAACAUCUUAAUUUUCACAAAUUUGUAAGUACUUAGGUAAUUAGAUUAUGGAGGAGAAUAAGAAGACACCGCCACAAACUGUAGAAGAAUUGAAAUGUAAAGGCAAUGAAUGUGUUAAAAAUGGAAAUUUUAUCGAAGCAGUAUUGCAUUACACACAUGCAAUUAAAAUGGAACCAACGAAUUAUGUUCUGUACAGCAACAGAUCAUUUGCUUUCCUAAAGUUAGAUCAACACUAUUUAUCGUUACAAGAUGCAAAUGAAACGGUGAAAUUGCAACCACAGUGGGCAAAGGGUUAUUUUCGGCGAGCUGAGGUGGAAGCAGCUAGUGGUCUUUUAGAUGAAGCAAUCAUAUCAUAUACCCGAGCUCUUCAACUUGACCCUCAAAAUCCUAAAUUAAUGGAAUCAAUCCGGAAUAUAACAGACACACAAAAAAAGAAACUUAAGGGACAUCAGAACACCAUUUGGAUCUGUACUUGUAUUGGAUUAAUAGUUGGAAUUCUGGUUGUAGUACUGGAUUACUCUUUAACAACAAAUCCAACAUUAACUAAUCCUCUAAGCAUGGUGGCAUUCUCAAUUGCAAUGGCUGGUAUAGGUUUUGGGAUUGGAAAAGGUGCAACAUUAAUGACAGUGUGGGGUGCUGGAAACUCUUUACAGCCACCAGUAGAUCUAGUUACGGAUGAUGAUAAGGCAGAUGCAGAAAAUAUACAGCCAGAAAAGAAAAAGUACAGCAAAGCUCAAGCACGGCAACGAUAUAAACAAGGAAAACAGCUAUAGCCAGAGUUAUAGAUACGUGUUAGAUUGACUAAACAUUUAUAAGACAUAACCCAUGUUCAUGUCAAAAGGAGUUAAUGAUUGUUAAAAUCUUUAUGCAUUAACUUUGCCAGGAUGUUAUUACCAUUGCCAGCUAGAUACGUUGCUACCACAGUACAAGCUUUUUCUGUGGCUGUGCAAUAGUUUGCAAGCACAAUUUGCGUUACCAUUUAAAGGUUCCUUAUAUAACCCAUGGACGCUAGAAUAUAUGCAUAUUUUCCAUAAAAUAACAUAUUGAUAUCAGCAGAAUAAUUGAAAGUAAAAUAAAAUAAAUCUUUAUAUAUUAUACAUUUGCUUAUUCAUAAAAUAAAAAUAUAAUGUCAUAAAAAACCUUUGUCUGGAUGGGGUUCGAACCCACACUCCCUCUUGGAAUCAGAGCUACUUUAGACAUCUCUGCCAACCUGACUAUUCAACUUCACCCAUACUCCGCGGCCACGGCCUGUAGUGUGCAAUUAGAAACAAAAAUCAAGAAGAAAAGGUUUCCUUGCCAUUAUUAUCCUGAUAAUUUACUUAACGGAUAUGUAUUACUGCUGGCAGCUUUUAUAUGAAACAAAUUACAUCUUGGUUUUUAAAAUUUGUUGUUAGAAUAACAAUAAUACAGAUUCUGGAAAAUUUUCAGCAGUAACUUGUACCAUUGUCAAUAACAUUAUUCCAGCGGUGCUAUUCUUGUAAUUUCAAAAUAGUAGACGUUAAGUUUUGCUCUAGAUUAGAAUUCUCUUAUCAUUUCCCUAGAACGCUGAACCAUAACUGGAUUGGAGCCUCGUGUCAACGACAUUUGAACAAUUGUUCAAUGUUACCAGUAAAGUUUUGUCAAAUUCAAUGACAAUUUGUCAAAAUUAUGCGGAAUACUCAUCUCGACAAUUGACGUUCGAUCUUGUUACGAGAAUACGCAUCGUACGAUUUCUCUAAAUGGGAACUUAACUUCAUCACAUCAAAUAAACCUUCAAUUUGUGUUACAAGAAUACAAAACUUAACUUUCUGACAUAAGAUCGCUUCGAUCUUAUCCUCGUUUUGUUACGAGAAUUGGACUACAGAAGUUACUUACUUUAAUACGGCUAUUAAACUCUCUCGGUACGUAAAUGAGUUAGUAAUUUAGUCAAUUUUAAUAAUAUGACGUGCGGCUCAAAACAGAAUAAUUAUAAUUGCCGAAAUCUGACAUCUUCUGCUUGGCUAUGUUGAAAGUUUUCGUUCUUAAGGCUUGUAAUAUUUGCAUUUUUAAUGACAAGAACGGAUGAGACGUUUGCCUUACAUUAAGCGAUCCGCCCUGUCCAUUCAAGCUGUAAUGCCACUAAGGUUUUUUCACUUUGAGACUUAGAUAAUUUAUACCUCUAGAUAGUCUCUGUCUGUUAGACAGCCGAUAAAAACAGGCCAGAUUUAAUAGUUUGUGUGCGUGACUAGCUACGUCUUACGCGUUUUGUAUUAGUGUGCGUGCAUCGCUCAAUAGAGGUUAACUCUAAACUUUGUUUCGACAUUUUUACAGCUGUUAUAGUUUAUCUAGUCUGGACAAUGACCUUCAAACAGAUACACAAAUAGAGGUAACGGUACAGAAAGUCCCUCCUGUGUUACAUACAUAUCUAUCCGCUGCUCAGAAGCCUCCCUUAGGAUUUUAAAUAAAUUAUAUAUUUAUUUUAUAAAAAUGUCGUAAUGAUAAUAGGUAAAUAAUUAAAUACUAUCAAGUGGUUAUACUUUUUAUAUAGAAUAUCAAUUAUUAAGUAUUUAUAUUUUGUAUAUGUCAAAAAAAUCGCAUACGCGAAAGGGAUAGCAGAUAUUGUAGUGUAUCUCGCUUACUCUCAAAACCAAUCUAAUUUAUGUGUCUCUGUCAUAAUAUUAUUGUUAUUUUAGUGACGCAUCUAUUGUUCAUCUUCUAUCUACACGUUGAAGUCUACUAGAAUUAACCAAAUACCUAGCAGAAACCGUAUUUUCUGUUCUGCCCGCCAUCUAGAAAAAAUCACAGAUUCACUUUUUAUAUCACAAAAUUCCUUUAGUACUGAAAAUGAAUUUUUAACAUCUUGUGAAUAUAUAUUUUUAUUGAAUUUCAUUAGACAUUUUGGCUAACUUAUUAUUAUUUUUGUAAUAAUAUAAUAAAGGAAAGCGGCUUACGUAUAAUUAAGGGAAAGCCAUGUGUGAGAAUAUUACAUAGGUGGUUAGUUAUUGGUUUUAUGGUGUUUAUAUUUUAAUAGUUAUGUAUGUUUUUGUUAGUGGUUUAUUAGUUCGGUAAGAUGGUUUGGUUUUUACAAACGAGUAGACAAAUAAAAUUCACGAAUGUAAAUACCAAUUACCGCAGACGUGUCAUACAACAAUUUUAUACACAUUUGCGAGAAAACAGUACAAAUAGGUUAUUAAAAUAAACCUUUUGCUAAUGAAUAUUAGGCUGAUUUUCCGAGUGAGUGUUGUAAAGAAUAAGUUGUUGUGAAAGUUUCUUCGUUCUUGUGUUGUUACAUUUUGGGACUUCUGAUUAAAAAAGGCGACAAUUAAUUCUAUCAGUCUUUCUUGAUGUUAACCUGAAACUGCCUAAAGAAUUCUGAAGAGACUGAAAAUGGUGGAUAUUUGAAAGUGCAAGGUCAGGGCUAUAUGGCAGAUGCAUUUACACCUCCCAGCCAAACUAUGUUAAUGUUUGCAGAGUGUCUAAAUAUGUUUGCGGUCUAGAGUUAUAGAGAUUAAAUACCACACCCUUUUAUUCGUUAAUACCGACCGAAUUUCUUAAAACUUCUUGCUUUUUAAUCUCAUCAGUUGGUGGCAGUACAAAUUAGAAUCGAUGGUUUUGCCCAGUUUUGAACAAUGCUCUUUCAAUCCCUCAUAGCACUACCUUAUUGCCAGUUCACCCGAGUUUUGACAGUCUGUGCCUGACCGACUUAACCACGAUCUUUUUCGGACUUGAUACUUUACAUAACCAGCAAUUAUAGAUUCGGAGUACUACGAAUAAGAUACCUACUGUUUAUAUUGUUUUCUCAUGUAAGUGAAUAUGUUCUGUUCUUAAUGAGAAUAAAGUUCUUUAACCAUAUUUUUUGUUAUAAAAUAAUAAAAUGUAUCAUUUUUUUAUUAUUUUCACUUAUUUUAACGGACAGAAAACAAAUAAAAAAUUGCCCGAAAGAACUUUUUAUUUGAUUCUUUUUUGAAAUGUUAAACUGUUUAAUGCCAGAACCAACUGUACAAAGAGUUGUUAAACUACAAGUUUAUAUAUAAAGCGAAAACAUUUUCCCCGACCUAUUUAGAUCUCGGGAAUUGGUGUAUAAAAUACAUCCAUUUCUCCAGACAUCAUUAGAAAAGCCGAUCCAUACAAUUUGUAUGGAUCAGUUAAAGAUGAAUUUUAUCAUAAUUUACUUUCGUGAAUUAUCCCGUAGUUUAUUCGGGGUGGAGAAUCCAAGAAAUCAAAGGUGAUAAUAAUAUGUCCAGUGGUUCUUGUGUUACAAAUGGUGUUACUGUUUAUGUACAUGUAUAAAAUGUGAACUACUUUACAGGCAACAACAAAUUUUACAGGCUUUGUAAUUUUUUUUUUUGGGAAAUGCACAUUCCUAAAUAUAUUAACGGUCUUACAAAUAAAAUUGGCAUAAAGCUAUAAGCAUAAGCAAAGAGUAUGUAAAAUGUUUACAAAUAGACAUUUACUGACGAAUGGUUUGUUUGGACGUAUAACGUUUCUCGCGUUUAUUUGCAAGGCAGCUUGUCAUUCGGAAAACUUCAGAAUUACCAUUGUAUUGACAGUGUUGGCAACGAUAUUGCAAAUAAAUGUGAAAGUUUGUAUGUCUGGAAUUAUUGUUUGAACUUCUUUAACGCAAACACUACUGAAUGGAUUUUGAUGAAACCUUGCAAUAAUAUAGCUUACACACCAGAAUAACAUAUAGGCUAUAAUUUAUAAAAAAUAUUGUAUGAAUUAUGUAUACAUUUAAAUAAAAUUGGAGUGUUUGUUUGUAAUAUUGAUAUAACCGUUUUUUACUAAAUGUAUAUUAUGAAUACAUACGUACCGUAUAUGCACUAAAAUAACAUUUUUUACAAUUUUUGUCUGUCUGCCUGUCUGUCUGUUUGUUCCGUCUAAUCCGGCGACUUUUAUUGGCAGGUAGCUGAUGUAAUAAGGAGUAACUUAGGCUACGUUUAUUUUAGAAAAAUAAAGCAAUGUCCAAGAAACGGUCUAACUCUAAAAAUAAUUUAAAUGGCAAAACAAUGUUUGCCGGGUCAGCUAGUUUUGCAUAUUCUUUGUUUAUCAUCAGUUAUAACUUUAUACCAAGAUUAUUGAAUUUGAUGUGAAUAUUCAUGCUCCCUUCAUGAAGAUUAUUUUCGAUCCUUGUUAUAUUAUAAUUCAAUGAAACAUGUAUAAGGUAUUCAAUUUUUUAAAUAUGAUUAAAAAUACAAAUAUUAAACAAA